AUGACAUACUCUUACCUAUCUCAAGUGAUUCCAGCUGAGAUCUUAAAAGCUCUUCCUCAAGAAGCUAGGCUAUGUGUUGACAACUUACGAUCCCAUCGUGCAUCUCCGAAUUCCGGAUACGAUACGAUCCGACAGGCUGCUGUCUUAGUGGCCGUAUUCGUCAAGCCUGGAAGGAAAGAUUUAUCUGUACUUUUGACUACCCGAGCAAAGACUUUGAGAAGAAAUCCUAAUCAGACAGCAUUACCAGGUGGUAAAGUAGAUCCUGAAGAUCCAUCUCCAUUUCAUACAGCUAGACGGGAAGCAUAUGAAGAAGUCGGACUUCCAUUAUCAAAUGAAGGAAUUUGGUAUUUAACAACUUUGGAACCUGUCUUAACCAUCUUGCCAUUGAAUGCGCAUUUGAGAAAUCAUAUAGUAGUCACUCCUAUCGUUUGUUUCAUAUCUGACUAUAAAAUUAUCAAUUCUCUCCGACCAAACCUAGAAGAAGUCGAUAUGAUCUUUGACCAUCCUCUUCGGGCAUGUAUAGGAGAUAUGUCAUCUGACGAUUUGGAGGGUUUGGUAGAUAAACAAACAGAGUAUUGGCCACAUGAUGAGGAUUUUCACGAAGCAGAUGAUCGAAUAGGGGUCACGGGGGCUUAUCGUAUGCAUCGAUUUCGAACUCGACAUACCCCCAUCAAAGGUCUCACAUCGGAUGUCUUGAUCCGAACCGCUAUGGUGGCAUAUGAUAAAGAACCUUCUUUCAGAUUAUUAGCCCCUUCUCAACCUUCGUUCGCCGACGCCGUAGCUUACGUCGUGCGUGAGCUGCCGCGUGCAGUGGAAUCGCAAGGGGAAACGAGGGUGUUGGAAUGGGGCAGAGUUGGACAAACCCCUAUGCGAUCAGGGGAAACGUAUGCGAUGGCAUGA